GUCGUGAAAAAAGGACUGCUUGGGUUGCCGCCAUUUCGCCCGCCUUCGGUCUCUGCGUCUUUCGCAGAGCUCCCGACUGCGCCAUGUUGGGACAGAGCAUCCGGACAUUCACGACCUCUGUGGUCCGUAGGAGCCACUAUGAGGAGGGCCCAGGGAAGAAUUUGCCAUUUUCUGUGGAAAACAAGUGGCGGUUACUACUUAUGAUGACUGUGGACUUCGGUUCUGGAUUUGCUGCACCUUUCUUCAUAGUAAGGCACCAACUGCUUAGGAAAUAAGGACGUUUUAGUUCAUCCAUGAAACAGAUAUGAAGAGGAUCAUUUUAAGAAGUGCGAUUUCUUUGAAAAGUCAAACUCUCAAACUCAACGUACUAAAUAUGUUUGUAAAUAAACUUAUGGCAUGACUCCCUAAUGCCUCU